CGUCACCGCCAGCAUGAAGCCUAUCCUGCUGCAGGGCCAUGAGCGGUCCAUUACGCAGAUCAAGUACAACCGCGAAGGGGACCUCCUCUUCACCGUGGCCAAAGACCCUAUCGUCAAUGUAUGGUACUCUGUGAAUGGGGAGAGAUUGGGCACCUACAUGGGCCACACGGGAGCUGUGUGGUGUGUGGACGCCGACUGGGACACCAAGCAUGUCCUCACAGGCUCAGCUGACAACAGCUGUCGUCUCUGGGAUUGUGAAACAGGGAAGCAGCUGGCCCUACUCAAGACCAACUCAGCUGUCCGGACCUGUGGUUUUGACUUUGGGGGCAACAUCAUUAUGUUCUCCACGGACAAGCAGAUGGGCUACCAGUGCUUUGUGAGCUUCUUCGACCUGCGGGACCCAAGCCAGAUCGACAGCAACGAGCCUUACAUGAAGAUCCCUUGUAGCGACUCCAAGAUCACCAGUGCUGUUUGGGGGCCCCUGGGAGAGUGCAUCAUCGCAGGCCACGAGAGUGGAGAACUCAACCAGUAUAGUGCCAAGUCCGGAGAAGUAUUGGUGAAUGUUAAGGAGCACUCCCGGCAGAUCAAUGACAUCCAGUUGUCCAGGGACAUGACCAUGUUUGUCACCGCAUCCAAGGACAACACAUCCAAGCUCUUUGACUCCACCACCCUCGAACACCAGAAGACUUUCCGAACAGAACGUCCCGUCAACUCAGCUGCCCUUUCUCCCAACUAUGACCACGUGGUGCUAGGUGGUGGACAAGAAGCCAUGGAUGUAACCACAACCUCCACCAGGAUUGGGAAAUUUGAAGCCAGGUUCUUCCACUUAGCCUUUGAAGAAGAAUUUGGAAGAGUCAAGGGUCACUUUGGACCUAUCAAUAGUGUUGCCUUCCAUCCUGAUGGCAAGAGCUAUAGCAGUGGUGGUGAAGAUGGUUAUGUCCGCAUCCACUACUUCGACCCACAGUACUUUGAGUUUGAAUUUGAGGCUUAAGAAGCUGGAUCUCCAUUCAGGC